CUGCACCUUCCCCAUGAAGCUGUGGCUGCUGGUCAACAGCCCGUGCGUCGACUCGGUGCGCUGGGACGCCCGCGGCGAAGGGCUAUUCAUCGACCAGAGGCUCUUCGAGCAGGAGCUGCUGGGCGUGGGGCCCAGCGCCGCCGGGGAGGAGGAGCUCUUCAAAACCAAGAACUUCGGCAGCAUAGUCCGCCAGCUCAACCUGUACGGCUUCCACAAGCUGACGGUGAGUCCGGCCAGCAGCGUGGUCGGGCCCAGAAGGCCGCCCACGGCGGGGGGCGAUACCAGCUACGCUGAUGGGCCCCUGCACCACUUCUGGAACCCGCAUUUUCGCUUCGACCGCCCCGACCUCCUCGUAAAGAUCAGGAGACUGACCAAGGCCAACAAGGAGAAGCUGGACGCCGGCCUGGAGGUGACCAGCCGCCUGCCCGACGACUUGCAGUACAUUACUGGGAGGGGACUUGCUGCUGCUGUCGCCCAUGUCCCUCGGCGAGGUCGGAAGGACCGGACAUUUCCAGUGGCCGAGCUGAUGUAUGGUCAUGUGUUCUCCCUGGAAAAAAGAGACGUAAGUUGGAUGAGCAACAAGACAGAAAGACAAGGGAGGUCAGGAGGAGCUUGUCAGGCUUGCAAAGGAAGAAGCAGAGACAUAUCUGUACACCACACUAUAAAGGAGGAGAAGCAAAACUCACACCUGAACGUCUGUAACAGGCAAGGCUUCUUAGUUUAGACAAUUUACCAGCAGGGAUAAGAGCAACAUGAAGAAACAUCCUUAAGUGCCAGAGAAGCUGGUGUGUAUCCUACUUAUCAAUCAGUCUGUUGCUGACCUGUCUGCUGCAGGUCCAUUUGUCAUGGGCAGGCUUACUGCAGAGAACUGUGUUUGAAUGGUCUCAGUGACAUUUUGGCUCUACUUGAGGUCAGUGGCCAAAAUGCUACAAGGCUCAAAAAGGUGAAUUCUCACCUUCAACCUGUAAACCAUUUAUAAAUCAUUUAUUAAAUAUGACUCUUUAAAUUGUUGGACU